UGGUUCUUUACCAAAAACCUCACUUCAUCUUCUUCCCAACCUACGCCAUGGCCGCCGACGAUUUGAUGUCGUCGCAGAAGUCUCACAGGAUGCGCAAAUCGGGUCCUACGAUGCGGAAGAAAUCUGAGAUUGACAAGAAGAAGCGCGGCGUCGCGGAUAACAAGCAGCCAAACCCUAGAGCGUUUAGCGUUAGGUCGGUUGUUAAGGCGAAGCGUUUGAAGAUUCGCGCUGUGGAGAAGGAGCAGCGGCGGAUUCAUCUUCCGACUGCUGAUCGUACUUAUGGAGAACCUCCUCCUUUCGUCGUCGUUGUUCAAGGGCCCCCAGGGGUUGGAAAGUCUUUAGUGAUUAAGUCCCUUGUUAAGCAUUUUACGCACCAGAAUGUGCCCGAGGUUCGAGGACCUAUUACCAUUGUUCAAGGUAAGAAGAAACGGAUACAGUUUGUGGAGUGUCCUAAUGAUAUCAAUGGGAUGAUUGAUUGUGCCAAGGUUGCUGAUCUAGCUAUACUUCUCAUAGACGGGAGUUAUGGUUUCGAGAUGGAAACCUUUGAGUUCCUAAAUAUUAUGCAAGUGCAUGGAUUCCCUAAAGUUAUGGGAGUCCUCACUCAUCUGGAUAAGUUCAAGGAUGUGAAGAAGUUGAGGAAGACAAAGCAACGUCUCAAGCAUCGUUUCUGGACUGAGAUUUAUAAUGGAGCUAAAUUGUUCUAUUUAUCUGGUCUCAUUCAUGGGAAGUAUUCACAACGUGAAGUUCUUAACUUGUCCCGCUUUAUAUCUGUCAUCAAGUUUCAUCCGUUGUCAUGGAGAACAUCACAUCCUUAUGUGUUGGCUGAUCGUCUGGAAGAUGUUACCCCUCCCGAGAAAGUUCAGAUGGAUAAGAAAUGCGAUAGGAAUAUCACAUUGUAUGGUUACCUUCGUGGUUGUAACUUGAAGAAAGGGAUGAAGGUUCACAUUGCUGGAGUUGGUGACUAUAGUUUAGCUGGGGUGACUGCCUUACCUGAUCCUUGUCCUUUACCCUCAGCUGCCAAGAAAAAGGGGCUGAGGGACAGAGAAAAGCUUUUCUAUGCUCCUAUGUCCGGGAUUGGAGAUCUUUUGUAUGACAAAGAUGCUGUUUACAUCAACAUAAAUGAUCACCUUGUUCAGUACUCUAAAACUGAUGAAGAAAAUGGAGAACCUGCUAAUAAAGGAAGGGGCAAGGAUGUUGGUGAGGAUUUGGUGAAGUCGUUGCAGAACACAAAAUAUUCUGUUGAUGAGAAAUUGGAGAAGACUUUCAUUAAUUUAUUUGGCAAAAAGACUAGUGCCAGCUCGGAAAGAAAACUUGAGGCAGAUGCGCAAUCGUCACCGGAAGGUUCUGACGCUGAGUCAUCAGAGGAAUCUCAGUCUGAUGAUGAUGUUGAUGAUCAUGAAAUGGAUGUAGAUAGUAAUGACGGUAAAAUUAAGGAGAAAACCGAGCUCCGUGGUGGAAGGCUGAGGAGGAAAGCUAUCUUCAAGGAUGAGGUUGAUGACUCAGAUGAAGAUGGUGAUGAUGAUGAUGAUGAUGAUGAGGAAGCAGAAGGUGCUGAAUCUGACGGAAAUGAAGAUGAAGAUGGGGAAGAUGAAUCUGUUUCCGAUUCUCAGGACUCAGAUGAAGAUGAUGUUGAGGAGUCAGAAGAUAAGGUCCUUGGUAACAUAUCAAAAUGGAAAGAACCCUUAAAAGAAAAGGGCAGAAAGAAGAACCCGAACUUGAUGCAUAUUGUGUAUGGUGCAUCAGCAUCAUCAGCUACUGCCUUGAUAAACGAGAACAAUGAAAUUAGUGAUGAUGAAGACUUCUUUAAGCCAAAAGGAGAACAUAGCAAGAACUUAGGUGGUGGACUUGAUGCGGGACAUGUCAACUCAGAGGAUUGUUCCAAAUUUGUAAAUUAUGGAAACCUGAAGAAUUGGAAAGAGAAAGAAGUUUGUGAGGACAUCCGUGAUCGUUUUACCACUGGUGACUGGUCAAAAGCUGCUCUGAGAAAUAAAAACUCAGUUGCUGGCGAUGAGGGAGAAGAUGAUGAACUUUAUGGGGAUUUUGAGGAUCUAGAGACAGGAGAAAAGCAUAAUGACCAUGAGAACAUGGAGUCUGGUACAAAUGAAGAUGUUGAAGCAGCUGAGCGUAGGCUUAAAAAGCUGGCUCUCCGAGCAAAGUUUGAUGCACAAAGCGAUAAAUCGGAGUUGGAGGAUGAGGACAAUGAUAAUGGUGAUGGGAUCAAUCCCCGUAAUAGUGAAGCCAAGGAACCCGGAUUCGUUGACAAAUUGAAGGAGGAGCUUGAAAUUAGAAAACAGAUGAAUUUGCUGGAACUCAAUGAUCUUGACGAGGAUACUCGAAUUGAGAUAGAAGGAUUCCGGACUGGAACAUACUUGCGGCUGGAGAUUCACAAUGUUCCUUAUGAGAUGGUUGAUUUCUUUGAUCCGUGUCAUCCAGUUCUUAUUGGAGGUAUUGGUUUCGGUGAGGAUAGUGCUGGAUAUAUGCAGGCCCGGUUGAAGAAACAUAGGUGGCACAAGAAAGUACUAAAGACAAGAGAUCCCAUUAUUGUAUCUAUUGGAUGGAGACGCUAUCAGACUAUUCCUGUAUACGCCAUUGAAGAUCGCAAUGGCAGACAUCGAAUGCUUAAGUAUACUCCAGAACACAUGCAUUGCCUUGCUAUGUUCUGGGGUCCUCUUGUCCCACCCAACACAGGCUUUGUCGCUUUCCAAAACUUGUCAAGCAAUCAGACAGGAUUUAGGAUAACAGCAACCUCGGUCGUACUUGAGUAUAAUCACCAAACCCAUAUUGCAAAGAAAAUCAAGCUGGUUGGGCACCCGUGCAAGAUCAAGAAGAAUACUGCAUUUAUAAAAGACAUGUUCACUUCUGACCUUGAAAUAGCUCGAUUUGAAGGUUCAUCUGUCCGGACAGUUAGUGGCAUUAGAGGACAAGUUAAAAAGGCUGGGAAAAACAUGCUCGAUAACAAUGCCCAAGAAGGGAUUGCAAGGUGUACCUUUGAAGAUCAAAUAAAAAUGAGCGACAUAGUCUUCUUAAGGGCUUGGACCCCAGUGGAAGUUCCACAAUUUUACAACCCUCUAACUACAGCCUUGCAGCCCCGCGAUAAGAUCUGGACAGGGAUGAAAACGUUUAGGGAACUCCGUAGUGAGCACAACAUUCCUAUUCCAGUGAAUAAGGAUUCACUCUACAAGCCAAUCGAAAGGAAGACAAAGAAGUUCAAUCCGUUGGUGAUUCCAAAGAAACUACAAGCAGAGUUACCGUUUGCUUCCAAACCCAAAAACAAACCAGCGCGAAAAAGACCAGAUUUAGAUGCUAGGAGAGCUGUAGUAAUGGAGCCGGAAGAAAGAAAAGCUCAUGCUGUCGUCCAGCACUAUAAGCUGAUGCAUAAAGUCAAGGUGACUAAGAAGAAAGCAAAGGAGCAGGAGAAGAGGAAAGCAUACGAAGCAGAGAAGGCUAAGAAAGAGGUAAUAUCUAAGAAACGGAACAGAGAGGGGAGACGUGAGAGGUAUCGUACUGAAGAUAAACAGAAGAAGAAGAUGAAAAGAGGCCAAGAUUAAAAUCAAUAAUGAUACAUCUUUUGAUUAUCGUUGCUAAGACCAGACAAUGCCAAGUUUUGUUUUAACGUAGAUUCUUUCUUCUGCGUUCGCAACUUUUGAAUUAUUAUUUAUCACCAAGCUCUUGCAACUAAAUUUCUCGGAUCCUGCACUGUUUCAUUCAGCUUUUUCA